GGAAAAUGUGCCCCGAUGGACAUGAGUACCCGGCAGAGGCUACAGCAGAUUCCACAGUGCCCGACAUGCGGACGACUUCACCGAGGCGAGUGUCGCUUUGGUCAGGAUGUAUGCUACUCCUAUCACGAGCCCGGAAACUUCGCGAAUCGUUGUCCGAAGAAGGCGCAGCAGCCUCAACAGCCUCAGCAGCCACCGCAGCAGCAGCAGCCAUGUCAGCAGGCACAGAGGCCACCUCAGCAGCAGCAGCAGAGAGGCAGACAGCAGGCCCGAGUCUAUGCAGUUGAUCAGGCAGAGGCCGAGCAGCAGCCAGGUACUAUGUCAGGGAUGGUUGUGCUUAAUAAUGUUCCUGUGUUUACUUUGUUCGAUACUGGAGUGACGCAUUCUUUCAUUUCACGACAAUGUCUUGAUGCCAUCGGAGUUCAUGCCGUCAUCGCUGUCGAUCUUCUCGAGGUGAGUUUAGCCUCGGGACGAAAGAUAGUGACUUCAACUAAAGCUUCAGAUCUUAGCCUUUUCAUCGGCCGAGUAUUGUCUACCAACGCGUUUGUUCUCGAGAUGAGGGACUUCGACCUUAUUCUCGGAAUGGAUUGGCUAUCCUUUUAUCAUGCAGAUAUCAGAUGUAACGACCGGGAGAUUACUCUUUAUCUUCCGGGAGACGACUUGAUCACUUUCUUUGGCUCCAGGAAUCGUUCAUUGCCUCAUGUUGUUUCGAUGGCGAAAGCCACUAAGUUGCUACGACGAGGCAACUGCCAGGGUAAUCUGGUAAGCCUUGUCGAUGAUUCUCAUAAAGCACGCUCACCUCACGACGUUCCAGUCGUUCGUGAGUUUGUGGACGUGAUCCCAGACGAGCUUCCAGGAGGACCGCCUAACCGGCAGGUAGAGUUCUCUAUCGAUCUCAUUCCAGGAGUCGGUCCAGUAUCCAAAGCCCCAUACCGUAUGGCGCCGAAGAAGUUGCAGGAGCUUAAGGCGCAGAUUCAUGAGCUAUUACGACUCGGUUUCAUCCGACCGAGCAU